UUUAGCUAUAAGCGGGGACUACAGUGGCGCGAGGCAUUUUCCGAGGCCAGUUCAGUCUCUCCUUUAUUGUCGUGACUCAAAAGAAAAAGACAAAAAAAAAAGAACGAAAAAAAAUAAAACAAAACUCCCCGCCAAUCCCCCCCCUUUCAUUUUUAAUUAACAAUUUAUAAAAAUAAUUUCUUCAAACUUAAUACGUGAUUAUUUAAGAAAGUGCAAUUUGAUAUUUAAAAGACAAGUGUCAAACGUGCAGCUGGUUCGGUUGUCGUCCGUGGAAUUUCUUCGCUAGAGAUGGCGGGGCAAGAUCCAAAAUGGCAGAAGGACGCGUCGGACCAAAAUUUCGAUUAUAUGUUCAAAUUACUGAUAAUUGGUAAUUCGUCAGUUGGUAAAACGUCAUUUCUCUUUCGUUAUGCCGACGAUUCAUUCACCUCGGCCUUCGUUUCCACGGUUGGAAUUGACUUCAAAGUGAAAACUGUCUUCAGGAAUGACAAAAGGGUUAAGCUACAAAUCUGGGAUACGGCGGGACAGGAGAGAUAUCGAACCAUAACGACGGCCUACUAUAGAGGCGCAAUGGGCUUUAUUUUAAUGUACGAUAUCACUAAUGAAGAUUCGUUCAACUCAGUACAAGACUGGUUAACGCAAAUAAAAACGUACUCGUGGGGUAAUGCCCAGGUUAUAUUGGUAGGCAACAAGUGCGAUAUGGAGGACGAGAGAGUUAUCAGUUUCGAGAGAGGCAAACAACUUGCCGAACAACUUGGAGUUCAAUUUUUCGAAACUUCCGCUAAGGAAAAUGUUAAUGUUAAGGCGGUAUUCGAGCAAUUGGUGGAUAUAAUAUGUGACAAAAUGAGUGAAUCACUUGACAAUGAUCCAACACUAAUGGCAGGUGGUGCAGGUCCUGCAAAGGGACAACGACUCACGGAUCAACCAGUAAACCCCAAGGACACAAAUUGCAAUUGCUAAAGUACGAGGCACGCUUUCAUUUGGCGUGCUUUUUGAGAUGCUGGGUCCUAGCUAGUUCACCUUCUUCGUCGUUCCUUCGUUCUUCAUUAUUAAUUACUUAAUUACUUAAGUUUUCGUUCGUAUUAUUUUUGUGGCUGUUGCGAUCAUUUUUAAGACGGUUGCCCGAGCUUGACCGUCGCAAAAGAGAUGGCCAACCAAACCAACAAAAAAAAAUAAUUAUAUAAUAAACCCCUUAAGUUCGCGGGCGAACAUUGUCGAACGGUUUUAACCACGAUGCGCCUCUCUUUAAAAAUCUAAUUCAUUUAUUUAUUUUUUCGUUUAUUUUUGCAAACACAACACGACGUUGACAUGCACAACUACCCAUUAAGUCGGUAGCCACUUGAAAAAAAUGAGAAAAAAAACCAAAGCUCGGGCAUCCGAAAAUGAUGUUAAAUAGGAUUAUGUGCCGGCUGAAGUAAUAAGGAGGACGACGAAAAUGCUCUUUUCGUCUCCGUACAUUUAAAAAAAAAAAGUGCGAUGUCAAAGUCUUCUUAUUCACCCCCCUUUCUUUAUAUAUACCGUACUCCACGCUCUUGAUAAUAAAUUUACAGAAAAAUAUCUAUUUUUCUCAUCACGAGCGUUUUCCACAUAGAAAAAAAACUCAUAGAUUAAUGAAACUUUCCCUUAUUUAAAAAUAAUCAAGUGACUCAAAGAGUAGUCAUAUUUUUUCACUUCCCUAAUUCGAUAAACAUUUAAAUAUUUCAAGCGUACAAGAAAUAUUUGAUAUUCUUAAAUAAAAUAUUCAUUGUCAAAAUGUACAAUUAGAAUUUUCAAAAAGAGAACAAAAAAAAGAAUGACUUUAUUUAUAUUACAAAUUACAAAUUACAAAUUAUAAAUAAAAAAUAAAAAAUAAAAAAAUGCAAAUAAUUUAGUUGUGAAAAGAAAACGAAAGUGUAAUUAAAAUUGUAUUUAAAUUUAAAAAUAUGAAAAUGAAGAAUCAUUUUAGAAAAAUAUUUCAAAUGCGCUAAAUAGAUGAGUGUAAAUAAUUGCUCGUCAUGUUUUAGAGCUGUAUAUGCCAAAAAGAAGAAAAGAAAAGAAAAACGAUAAUACAAAAACGAAUAUCAUCGUAAAAAAAGAAAAUAUCACGUGAUAUUUAUAUAGUAGACAAAUUUUCAAACUGAAUCUAAAAUCUAUUUCCUGUUGAACAAUGUUUCAAAAAUAGGAAAAUGAGAGAAAUGGAGAAAAACUAGUUUCUAACCAACUAAAAGAAAAAAAAGUAUAAAUACUGUCGACGGUUGUUAAAGUAUACAUUUACCAAAAAAAAGGAAAACCAAAAACAGUUAUUUAUUUAUUUCACAGCUUUUUCUUUACGGGUAAAAAUUUACUCUAGUAUCAAAGGUUUCUCAAACAGUAAUUUAGAAAUUCAAAUUUUAGAAACAAUUUUCCGUUAUAGUUUAGAAAUAAAAUUGUUAAUUAAAUUACAAUUAAAUUGAUUAAAAUUAAUUGAAACUAAAUUAAUUGAAUUUUUAAUAAUUGAAAUUAAAUUAACGAAUGUAUUAUUCCUAAAGAAAAACAUGUUUAAUGACAAUCAGUUCUGAAAGUCAUUGCAGUACUUUAUAACAAAUUCCAUUAUUAUUAAUAUUUUUAUCAUUAUAUUAUUUUAUUAAAUAUAAUAAAUUAUGUGUUCUUAUUGAAAAUACGUAUUCGCUAAUAUUUUUAAUUCUCAGAGAAAAUAAAUCAAUUAGAUAAGUUGUUCAAGUUCAUCAAAUAGAAUUUAACAGUUAACGAAAAAAAAAAUUAAUCAUUGGAAAUUUUAAGAAACGUAGAGUAUAGAUGUGUUGAUUAUAAACAAUAAAUUGUGAAUAAAAUUUAUUUUAUACACAUUUGCAUAGUGGGAAAAAAAUGGUUAAUGUAUAUUAUUUCUAAGAGUUCAAUUAAAAAAUACGCACUCGGUAAAAUUUUUGAAAACAAUCUACAUUUUAGAGAAUUUAACCAGAAAACCUCUAUAUUUCCAAGUACACAGUUAAAAUUUAAUUAAUCUCAUUUUCAAUUUCAAAUCGUUAAAAGAAUUUCUUUCUUUAAUAAACGAACAACAUUUAAUUACAUUUAGAAAAUUUUCCAUUAAGAGAAAAAUGUUCCAAACAGUUGUUAUUUUAUUCUCUAAAUCUGAAUUUGUAAAAAUUGAAAUACGAAUCAUUAGUAAAAAUAUUCACUAAUUUUUUAAAAUAUUUUUUUAUAUUAGGCACUAUUUUGCUUUGUAG